UCCACGCACCUCUUUCCUAGCAGGGCUUAGUGCCUGAUCUUCGCGUGAGGCUCCUCGCUGCCUCGUGUCAGGCCGUGGGAGCCCAUGGAGGGAAAGGAGGAUAAGCGGCAACAGCAUAAAAAAAUAGAAGAUGCUGGUAUAGAGUAUGUAACUGAAAAAAAAGAAGAAAUCAAAUAUGACGAAAAACCCGGGAAAAGUGUACAACGUUCAAAACCAUGUGUCGGGAGAGGACGUGUAUAUUAUGCAAAAUUCAUUCAUACAAAUGCAAGAACAUUGAAUGAACCAGUUCCUUACAUAGAUCCCCAAAAAGGGCCAGAAAAACAGGGUGACUGGUGGUCGCACAGUAAAGGAAUGGAACACCCCUUCCAACCACCUUAUGACACUAAGAGCACCCAGAGGAGUGACUUUCAAAAACCAACAUGUCCAUUGGUUUUGCCAGUCAAACACAGCAAGUUGCAAAAGCCUUCUUGUGGAAUAGUUCCACUUGCCUCUCCUGAAGCAUCAGCAGAACUUCAAAAGAAUUUUAUAGAACACAUCUCUUAUUUACAUCAAUACGAUUCUAGGAAAAGUCCCAAUGAGCCCAUCCCGGGAAAGCGACAUGGAGCUUUUGUGCAGACAGAGAUAAAACCAGGGAGUAGGCCAAUAGUUCCUACGGGAACAGAGGUAUUACAGAACGCUCCGGGGUCAUGCUCAUCAGAACAGUCCAAAAAAACAGAGAAAGGAAACUCAGCGGAAAGCAAAAUGAUCUCACCAGGUCUCUGCCGACAAAAUUCCCCAGAGCUGUUAGAGACUGAAACUCACUUAUCAGAAACAGACGUCAGAGGGGCAGCCAAGGCAUGCCCCAGAAGUCCUGAGAGAAGAGAGAAGCCUGCAGACACCUUCCAAAUAACUGCAGUAAAUGCUCUUCUCCCCAGGCAUGAUCCUUUAAAUCCACCAAUAAAAAGCCAGAAUAAAUCAGGAUAAAUUACCUUCUUCAGAUGAAAAUCUAAUCCUUGGAAUGUAGACAAAUUUCAGAAUCACCAUACAAGCCCUCACAGUUGCUUUUUCUGUUAUCAAUAAACUAAAGAAAUUCAAUUCACAUAAAUGGGAAAAUGAAAAAAAAAGACAAUUAAAAUACACCAGAAUUUAAGAGUGGUCUCUAA